GGCAUUGGCACAGCAUUUCAAAAUGGCGUCCUAUUGGAAGGCCCUCACUCUCCUACUGAUAUUUUGCUUCCUCCUUGCUAUUGAAAGCAAAGAGACAGAAACUCAAGGAAAUGACUCCAAGCCCCAAGUUGAAUAUUACAAUCCUCCAUUCGACCCCCUUACCUCCCCCGCCCUCUAUUCAAAGGCUGGUACCAGACUAGUGACGCUGAAUGAGCUAGCGGUUCACGGCAGUGUCAAUGGCACCUUACGCCCAUACUGGCUGGCUAUAAUGGGACGUGUCUAUGACGUGGAUAAAGGCGAGCGGCACUAUGGUCCGGAGGGAGGCUACAGCUUCUUCACCGGGUGUGACGGGACCAAGGCGUUUGUCACUGGUGAAUUUAACGACGAUGGUUUAACGGAUGAUACAACGGAGUUGACACCGGAACAGUUGCUAGAUGUUGAUGGGUGGGUCCAGUUCUAUGAGAAGGACUAUACAUUUGUUGGUAAACUCAUCGGAAGAUAUUAUGAUAGAAAUGGCAACCCAACGAAAGCGUAUUACAAAUACUUGAAGAGACUGGAGAAAGGAAAAGAGCUCAAGAAAGACAAGGAAGAAGACGAGAGAGAGUUUCCUCCUUGUAACUCGAGAUUCACACAAUCAACUGGAGGAACUGUCUCAUGUUCAACUAAAAGUGGUGGCAUAGAGAGAGACUGGGAGGGGCUCCCCCGGCGGUACUUUGCUCCUGGUUCCAAGAGCUGGCGCUGUGCAUGUGUUCAUGAGAAACACUUGGAGAGUCCUCGAGUCCAGCUGUUUCCAAACUGCCCACCUGAAGCUAAGGAAUGCCCAGUUGACAGUAGAAGAUCAAAAAAUGAACUAUAGAAUAACGACUGCUUCGUUUUUAGUCAUUUUUUCCAAUUUUCAUUAAUAAUAAUAUAAUAAUAAUAA